AUGCCAGACGGCAGCAGCGGAGCGAAUGGUCCGGCGGCGGCGGCAGCUGGCCUUGCUCCGGAGAACCAAGGAGAGCACGCUCAGCAGCCUCCUUCAUCCCCGUUUCUUCAGACUCACGCGUUCCAGGCAGCAAGUUGGCAGGGGUCGGCAUCCCAGCAAGCUAUGCCUGGCCCCCAGGCGGUUCAGCUGGGGCUUGCAGGCGCCGCCGUCGCUGGUGCGCCGGCUGCACAACAGCUUUCUCUCGCGGAUUUGCAGCGUGAGGGGUUGAGGCAGUUGCACGAGCUUCAGCGGCGACAGCAGCUCCAGCCUCAGCAGCCAGGCGGCGCUUCUCCUGCGGCGGCAGGCGCGCUUCAGUGUGUUGCUGAGAGAAGCGCACAGGGACUCGCCAGCGACGUUCGCCUUCACGCCGCUGGCGUCGGAGUCUUGCCUGGAGGACAGCCGUCGCCAACUCCGCCGCAAACUCAAUUUCCCUUCCAGUUUCAAGCUGCUGGCGGGUCGGGGGGCCUACAUCUGCCGUCUCGCCCCCCCCCGGUCCAUCCCGGCGCAGCGACUAGUCUUCGAGCUUCGCCUCUUUUUCCGCACCAGAGCUACUCCCCCGUGUCUAUGUCUUCGGUGUCGUCUGCGGAAGAUGACGCACGCUCUCGCGGAGUCGGCGCCGUAGGCGGCAGUGUCCCAGCCCUGGCGCCGGUGUCUGCUGCCCUCCCUCCAACGCAGCCGAGUAGUGGGACGCCCGUGGGGCCUACUCUUAGUGGAGCCGACGCACUGGCGAGCCUCAAGCCGUCGUUUGCAGGCCGGCAGGCGUCUCAGUCCGUCGGGCCCAGUCCAGGCGCCGCGCUGACGGCCUUCGCAAGUCCGGAGGCUGCUAGGCUCUCUCUCACAGCGUCGCUUUCGACUGCCUUGCUGCAGGGAUCUGCGAGAGAUGCGCCGUUCCAGCCGCACCCAUACGUGCACACGCAGUUUCCUAGCGCCGGGGCGGCGCCCCAGAGGGUGAACGCGCAACAGGUGGCUGUUCAGCAAUUGCUUGAGCGCAUAAGGCUUCAGGGCGAAUCCCUGCACGGCCUCGGGAAACUGCUAAUGGGGACCCUGGGCCCCGGUGGGGUGCCCCCGGGCACCGCCGCCUCCGGGCGACCCGCACCCCUUGCAGGGGGUGUGGCUGGGGCUUCCGCUGCUCCCGUCCAGCAGCCUGAGCAGGACUUGUCUUCCAUUUUGGCUGCGAGUCGAAGUGCGGCGGGGCUUCGGGACGCAGCGAUGCAUGUGCCAGGAGCGGCUUCGGGUGCUGAAGCCAGUGCGCAGUUGGCCAUGCAGUUACAGCACCCGCGCGUGGGUGCCGCGGCUCAGAGCCUCCUGAACCCCGCAGGGGCGGGCGGCGUUCCAGAGGCAUCGGUGUCGACUCUCCCAGCUCUACGUGUUGCCUUGCCUGCACCUGCUGGAGCGACUUCCGGAUCUGCAGCGGCUGGGAGCCCGAGCGCGAGUUUGGAGCCCAGAAGCGACUUUUCGGGCGUGCAGGGACUGUCCGGGGGGACACCCGGCGCUGUUGCCGAAACCGCCGCCUACCGAGUGAGCGGAAGUGCCUCCGCAAAGUCGCUAGCAGCACGCUCACGUUUCCUGCGCCCUCCCGUUAUUAUUCCUUCUCGCGCCACAGGGAAGACGCGUGACAAGUUCCUCCAGAAGAGUCAGAGUGUGGCGGGAGGCUUCGCGAGGGAAGCCGGAGGCGGCAGGAGGGGUCUGAUUCAUCCCGCAGGAGCGAUCGCGGAUGCUGCUGGCGCAGGUUCACUCAGCGCCCAGGUACCGCAGAUCGCUGGGCGUUUUCCGAGGCCCGGCUGCUCGGGGCAGGUGACUCAGGAAGGCGAUGGCCGCCUGUCAGCUUCGUUUGAAUCCUUGAAGCAGCUGCAACGCAGUGUGAACCAUGAACUUCUUCUGAGACACCAGGAGCAGGUACAGCGCGAGAGCGGGUUGCGAGGGGGAGUCUCAACGGCUGCGGAGGGGGAAGUCGAAGCCAGCACAAAACGCCGCAACUUCAUGGUAUGGCCCCCUGGUAUCGCUGGAGCGCUGACGGCAACCCGCCGUGUGAGGCUGUAUCAGAGGAAACUUUCGCCUGCCUAUCUGCCGAGCGACGUGGACCCUGCUUCUGUUAAGCGGCUUCUCGAUUGUGAUCCCGCCUGUAGCCCCUCUGCCGAAGGUUGCGCAGGCUCCACGGUCGUGGCUCAGACAGGCGAGGACGCUCGCUGUGCCAGUCAAUCGCGUUCAGGAUCAUCUGAGAAGGAGGGCAACCUGGCAUCGAGCGGUCUCAAUAGGGAUAAAUCAGAGACUGGUGACGCGACGGAAGUGAGGUAUUCUGGAGGAAACAGCAGACAAGUGGAUUCCCCUCACCCACCGUGGUACGCUUUCUUGGAGGAUAUGACUGUCAGCGGGUUUCUCGCGUACUGGUACACAAGGCAGCACAUCGCUGCGCGCCUCUACAAGCAGCUGAAUCAGAUGGACGAAGUCGAGCGGCGGCUGCAGGCUCAAAUGUCAGGGGCAUGCGACUUGCACACCAAUUUGUUUUUCUUUUCAAUGUUCCCUGAGGAAUUCUCCAACCAGCAUUUCCGGCGUAAUCUGGGCUAUUUUCCGCAGUACGCAGUUGCAUCAAAUUUGGCAGCCGCGGCCGGACUGAAGCCUUUGAGUCAAUAUGGCGAUAGCAGCGAGGCCGCGAUCGUCGCAGCGACAAAGGAACGCGGGACAUUUCAGAUCCCGUCGAAUCAGGCCACUGGUUCGGAGGGUUCCGAGGAGCCAGUUGGCAAUACGGACGUGCAGAAGCCAGAGCUCUUAUUAGACGAAAGCAGUUGUAACCAAACGUCGCCGACAUCGUCAGCGGCUGAUCUCGCGUCGUUGGCUGCGGGGGGGGAGCAUGCUAGCGGGGAGAAUACACGCACGAAGGAAGCGCGUGCUGGGGCUUCUGCGAAUGGCGUGCCUCCGGAGUCUUCAGCGGCUUUGAUAAUCGCCGCAGGAGGUGUGCGCGGUCAGAGGACGAGUCCAUGGGUAGCCGAAGCGCGUUACCUGCCCAGUAUGCCGUCACUUGGCGGGGCGCAGCUCGCAGAAGACCAACUGGAAGUCGAGCAUCUCAUUCAGGCGGCGCAGGCGCUGCUGCAGGAGAUCGGAGCGGUGGAGGAACGACAGCUGGCGAGUGGGAAGGGCAGUCGGCGUCUGGAACGCGAAGAGGAAGUCCCGUUGCUUGUCGCAGCUUUGCCACGCGCCUUCGAAGCUGCGCUCAGCGAACAGCAGCACGAGCAACUCACAGCCCUCGCCGCCAGGAAACUGCUGCCUCUUGAGGCGUGGCGCGGAAGGGACUUUCGAAGCUUCAAGGCCGCUGUCCCCUUCGCAGCUCGAGCACUCUUUGCGAUGUCCGUUAGUCGUCUGGAGCACCUUAUUGCAUCAUUUCAGCAGCGUAUCGCUGCGUCGAUUGCCUCUCUGGAGUUGCUUCGCAAUUCGUUGGCGCUGCUCCAACAGGUAGAAGAGCACGCCGCACCCCAUAUCUACGCUAUCCCGCAGCACGUGCUGGGCUGCAUUUACAACCGGGGCGGACAAGGACUGGAUACGGUUGUCCGGAAUCCACCCGAGACGGGCCCCCGCUGUGACGGACGAGCUGGCCAAGGGGAUCACGCUGCGUUGGAGGAUAGCCGAUUAGAGGCCGUUGGCGGAUCUGGAAAUAGAGUCGAGAAGGCGUCCCAGCAGCCUGCGUGUGCGUCGAGUGCACCCGCUGCAGGCGGCGACGCACAGACCGUGCUGACCAGUUCUCAGCAGGCAGAAGGCGUAAAACACCGAGAGAGCGAGGCGGCCCCUGAGGAAACGUCAGUGGCGCCGUUAGGACAGACUGCUUCGGCACUUGAGGGUCCUUUCCGAGAGAGGUCCGUCGACGCAGGGAGAGGUUUGAAUUCAGAACCUGUUGCAGAGGCCGAAGAAGACGUGCGACGUAAAGGCGAGAAUGAAGAGAACACGGUGAAGUCCUGUUCGGCGGUGAUAGCCCCGACGUGGGAGCGGGGACUGCGGCUUGGCCCUCCCGUGUCUGCUGCGGAUUUCGCCGUUUACACAGACGCCUUCGAGGAUUACCUUCCCGUGUUCGCUGACCAGUGCGCGUAUUCCGUGGAGCUGUCGCAGGAGGAACCGAAAGUCAAAGCAAAGAAAAGAGAUUGUGCAGAGCGCCACGAGAUGUCGGUAAAGAAAAGACGACGAGACGGUAACCUGCUGGCGGAUGACGUGCGGGCGGUUGGGGGGACGAAAGCAAAAACUGAAGUCUCGAGUACCUUGGGGGCUGCGCGGCACCAAAAUCAGGACUACCGUCGGAAGGAGGCCGCUCGUGCGCAAGGCCGCUGGAGAGACAAUGACGAUAUGAAAGAAAAGUCUUCGCAGCACACCACCAGCAAGCAGCAGUCCAGAGGCGGCGAUACAAAAGACAGGAGAGCUGAGAAUAACUGCCAGCCGCCAUCACCGAGUUCCGGUGGUAGUUGUGGUGUCUCAGGGGUCUCGUCGGGGCAGCUUGGUGCGGACACAAAUGUUCUUGAGCCGUCUUCGCAUGUUCAGUCACCAUCCUCAGGGGCUGUCCCUGGUAGUGGAGUAUAA